AUGAAUUCGAUUGCGUCGCUUGGCGUGUCGGCCCUCUUUCUGGCCCAAUCCUGGGCUGCCCCUACGAACAUGUCGAGAUGCGGCGACUGGACCACACGAGAAUGGGAUGCCAUUGUUGUCGGAGCUGGGACAGCCGGCAUCAUCGUAGCUGAUCGACUGAGCGAGGCGGGGUUGACCACAUUGCUUCUCGAGCAAGGCGGCCCUUCGUACGGCAUCACUGGCGGGACAGAGAGACCAGCAUGGCUCAAAGACACAGACAUGAGCCGCGUCGAUGUGCCUGGACUAUACAAGAGCAUCUUUGACGGCAACACAAAACUCACCUGCGGCCCCGAGGUCGUCUCCUCGACCCAAGCCUGCGCCAUUGGUGGGAACAGCGCCAUCAACGCUGGCCUCUACUUCCAGCCGCCCGCGUCCGACUGGGACGACUACCACCCCGAAGGCUGGCAUAGCAGUGACGUGCAGCCGGCCACGGACCGGCUGCUACAGCGACAGCCACCUGUCACUCAGUACUCUACUGACGGGGACUACUACCUCCAGAGCGGAUACGAGGCUGCCCGCGCCUGGCUCACGGAGAAGGCUGGGUACAAGCAAGUCGCUUUCGACGAGCAGCCAGACGAGAAGGAGAAUGUCUUUGGGCGGCCCGUCUUCAAUUACAUUGAUGGUCAGCGUGGUGGUCCGACACGGACGUAUCUGCAGUCAGCACUGAAGCGCCGCAACUUUCACCUGCAGACUGGGGCCGCUGUCGACUACAUCAUCCAAAAGGGUGGCCAGGCGACGGGCGUUCACGUCACGGUCGAUAAUCAGGAGAAGGACAUUCAACUCUCUGCUUCCGGUCGGGUCAUCUCGAGCGCUGGCGCCCUCCUAUCGCCCAAGCUGCUCAUGUACUCUGGGAUUGGGCCCAAGGAUGUUCUCUCCGACCUGGCUGCUGCCUCUCGCACUCCUUACACGGACCCUUGGUCGUGGGUGGUCAACGAGAAUGUCGGCCAGGGCCUGUUUGACAACCCCAACACCUUCAUUGAGCUUUCCGGUCCUAGCAUUGAAUCCUACACAUACAGCUACGCCGACCCCCCUCAGGAGGACAAAGAGCUGUUCCUGCGCUCCAGGUCCGGCCCGUAUACUUUCGCGUCGCAGACAUCAGCCUUUUGGAGCUACGUCAACCACGAGGAUGGGUCACGCACGGGUGUGCAGGGCACCAUUGACUCGUCUGGCUUUUCGGGGUUCACCAACAACCACACCAUCACGCUCAACGUGUACGGCACAUCGGGCAUGCUGUCCGCCGGUCGGGUCGUCCUGUCGAGCGACGGCAAGUUUACUGCCGGUCCCAGCUCGGACGUCUACUACAGCAACCCGCGCGAUGCCCACGACAUUGCCACCUUUAUCCACUCCAUCUUCCAGUCCCUGCCGGCGAGUACACCGGACUCACCUGCCGAGGAUGAUGGCCUGACACCGCUCAAUCUCCCUCAGUCCUCGACGGUCGAUGAGAUCUACGAGUACAUCACGACGCCUUCCGCCUACGCCGUUGGCGCUGUGCAACACUGGUCGAGCUCGUGCCGACUGGGGACGUGUGUGGAUGGUGAUACGAAAGUGUUGGGCACGGAGAAUGUGCAUGUUGUUGAUGCGUCGAUUGUGUCGCCUCUGACGGUCAAUCCACAGUUUGGCAUCAUGGUCGCGGCGGAGAGGGGGGCGGAGAAGAUUUUGGACUCCUUUGGCCUCUGA